AUGUCGACGCAACGGGAGGAGAAAAAGGACGAUAACCUGCGAGACAAUGUCGCUGAUAUUGAAAAGGGCGAGGCUCGACAAUCAUCUGGACCAUCCGGUAGCAAUGAAGAAGGCGCCGGCUCCCAGGCAUGGUCUCUUGCUCAACAAUUGCUCAAUGGUGCUCAAUCAGGCCCGAAAAAGCUUCGCAAGACGGCAUGGAUGGAUGGUCUGAGAGGUUGGGCGGCGUUCCUGGUGUACAUCUUGCACAACGAGAUGUGGGCGCAUGAAUCCUCCUUCUUCGAUCACAAACUCGAGAGCGUCUGGGGUUACAAGGGCAACUACUCGUUUGCCACGUUUCACGGUAUCCGUACUUUCGUCACGGGUGGUCACUUUGCUGUCGCCAUUUUCUUCUUCCUCUCCGGCUACGUUCUUUCACUCAAGCCGCUUUCGCUCAUCCACGCUGGCCAGUAUGUCACUCUGGGCGAGAACAUCUCGUCUGCUCUCUUCCGUCGAUGGCUGCGUCUCAUGAUGCCCAUCUUUAUCACCACCUUCAUUUCCAUGGUCGUCUGCCACGUGCUCGACUUCAAGGUCCCGUUUCACCGCGAAAAGACGCUUUGGGAUGAGAUUUGGCAAUGGUACUUGGACAUCAAGAACUUCACCUUCAUCUUCACCACUGGUGAUGGAUACAAUUUCCUCUACAAUCCCCACUCUUGGUCUAUCCCGAUUGAGAUGCGUGGCUCUAUCGGUAUCUACACCACACUCAUGGCUGUCUCGCGCUUGACGCGCCGCAACCGUCUGAUUGUCUUCGGCGUACUCAUUUGGUACUACAUGUGGAUCGCUGACGGUGCUUACUUCGCAAUGUUCACGGGAGGCAUGCUCAUCUGUGACAUGGAGAUGCUCUACGAGGAGGGUAACCUUCCGACCUGGAUCACCGACAUUGGGAAAUACAAGAACCGGGUUUGCUACACUAUGCUGGCCAUCGCCAUCUGGCUCGGUGGUGUUCCUGGCUAUUCGAUCGAAGUUCAGGUCCUCCGUGACUCGCCUACUUACUACUGGAUUUCUUUCCUCAAGCCUCAAGCCGUUUUCGACACGAAGUGGUUCUACCUUUUCUUCGCUGCCGGCAUGCUGGUCAUCGUCACGCCGCGCAUUCCUUGGCUCAAGGCCUUCUUCGAAACUCGCUUCUGCCAGUUCCUUGGACGCGUCAGCUACAUGCUGUACCUCUUCCACGGUCCCAUUCUGUGGACUUUCGGAGAUCACAUUUACGCCGCUGUUGGCUGGACCAAAUAUGGUCACGGCCUGACCGCUCCGGCCUGGAUCAACAUAUUUGAGCUUCCCAAAUGGGGUUUCCACGGCUUUGAGCUUUCAUUCCUUGCAGCUCAGCUCAUCAUUUGCCCGUUAACUCUCUGGAUCGCCUACAUCGCGACGAUUUACAUCGACGACCCGUGUCUCGAAUUUGCAGCCAAGCUGUACCGCCGUCUGCAGCCAGCAACGCCCGAGGAGCGACAGCGAGAACAGCAGGUCAACCCAGCCAUUUCCAAGACCCAGUCUUAG